CAAUACUGGGAAUUUAGCGGCCAAUCAUUAACUCUCUGCUCUGUCGUCUUCUGUGUUCCAAUUUUCGUUCCAUCUCCUUUCUUUGAAGCUCUUCUGCGUCAGCAAUGGCGUCUAGAACCAAGUGAAACGGGUUUGAUGGAGACUCCUCGUAGUAAACCAUCACCACCACCUCCUCGAGUUAGUAAACUCAAUGGUGCUAAAUCCGAUGGCAAUUCGGCUUCCCCGGUACCAAAUACACGUCUUUCGCUCGACCGUUCUCCUCAAACAGUUAGCUCAAAGCUUGCUCGGACUGCUAGAGUUCCUACACCCGAGGCAAUAUUGGGAGAUCGAGAAGAUCAAGAUUACGGAAAUCAAGAAAUACUGAAAUAUAAAGUGCAAUCACGGUUGGUAAAAGGGUCGGAGCUUCAGGCGCAGUUGAAUCAAAUCCAGGAGGAGUUAAAGAAAGCUGAGGAGCAAAUAGCAUUGCUCAAGAAAGAGAAAGCUAAAGCCAUAAAUGAUCUUAAAGGAUCAGAGAAACUCGCAGAAGAAGCCAGUGAGAAACUCAGGGAGGCAUUAGCUGCUCAGAAACAAGCUGAGGAGAGUUUCCAGGUCGAGAAAUUCCGAGCUGUUGAACUGGAGCAGGCUGGACUCGAAGCAGAAACGUCGAGGAACGAGCUAGAGAAUGUUAGAAGCCAGCACGCGUUGGACAUCUCAGCUCUCCUCUCUACCACAGAAGAACUCGAGAGGAUCAAACAUGAAUUGGCUAUGACCGCCGAUGCUAAAAACAAGGCGCUAAGCCAUGCCGAGGAAGCGACCAAGAUUGCUGAAAUCCACGCUGAGAAGGCCGAGAUUCUUGCUUCGGAGUUAGGUCGGUUAAAGGCGUUACUCGGUUCAAAGGAAGAAAAGGAAGCUAUUGAAGGUAACGAGAUUGCUUCUAAACUGAAGUGUGAAAUUGAAAUGUUGAGAAAGGAGCUUGAGAAAGUAAGUAUACUUGAGAGUAGUAUGAAAGAGAGAGAAGGAUCAAUAGAACAGCUUAACGUUGAUCUAGAAGCUGCUAAAAUCUCUGAAUCUUCAGCUAAUGUUUUGGCAGAAGAAUGGAAGAACAAGGCUCAUGAACUUGAGAAACAAGUUGAGGAAUCAAAUAGGUUGAAGAUAUCUGCUUCAGAGUCUAUGGAGUCAGUUAUGAAGCAGUUUGCUGAAUGUAAUCAAGUUCUGCAUGAGACGAACUCAGAUAAUUCAGCACAAAAAGAAAAGAUUGAGGAUCUAGAGAGAACAAUUGAAGCGCAGAGAAAAGAUCUCGAGGAAUCUGUACGACAGGUUUGCGUUGCUGAAGAAGAAGCUUCUAAGAUGGAAAAACUUGUUGAAUCAAUAAAAUCUGACCUUGAGAUCUCCCAAGAAGAGAAAACUAAAGCCUUGGACAACGAAAAGGCUGCAACUUCAAAUAUUCAGAGUCUAUUGAAUGAAAAGGCGGAACUUUCGGUAGAGCUGGAACGAUGUAAGAUGGAAGAAGAGAAGAGCAAGAAAGAUAUUGGGAGCUUAACGUUGGCUUGGCAGGAAGCAUCUACUGAAGCAAGGGAAGCUAAGGAGAAGCUCUUGGCAGGUCAAGUGGAGCUCGAGUGCCGCGAAGCCGAGGUUGAAAGUUUGAAGUUGGAUUCAAAGGAGACAAAUGAAAAGUAUGGAAAAAUUCUUGAGGAAGCAAGAAUUGAAACUGAUAGUUUGAAAAGUGAUCAAGAUAGCAAGAGGAAUGAGUUUGAGAACUCUAAGGCUGAGUGGGAACAUAAAGAGCUUCAUCUCAUGGGUUGUGUGAAGAAAUCAGAAGAAGAGAUUUCGUCUUUGCAGGAAGAAGUAAGCAGGCUGGUCAAUCUGCUAACAGAAAGCGAAGAAGAUGCAUGUGCAAGGAAGGAGGUUGAAGCCAAUCUGAAGAAUAAUAUCAAAGAAACUGAAGAGGAGAUAAAGUAUCUACAGGAAACACUUGGUGAAGCAAAAGCUGAAAGCAUGAAAUUGAAAGAGAGCUUGUUGGACAAAGAAGAUGAGCUAAAGAACGCCAUUACAGAAAACAACAGCCUCAGAGAAUGGGAAGGUACUGUACUUGAGAAAAUCGAGGAGUUGUCAAAGGUAAAAGAAAGCUUGGUCGACAAAGAAACCAAGCUGCAGAGCUUAGCUCAUGAAGCUGAGGAGCUGAAAGUAAAGGAGGCUGCUCAUAUGAAGAAGAUUGAGGAGAUGUCAAUGGCGAAUGGAAGCUUGAUUGAUAACGUAGCCAAAUUGCAGAAUAUUGCUCAAGAAAGUGAGGAUCUCAGAGAAAGGGAAGCUGCUUAUCUCAAGAAGAUCGAGGAGGUAUCAUUGGCGAAUAAGAGCCUGGUUGAUAGCGUAACGGAUCUGCAAAGCAUUGCUCAAGAAAGUAAGGACCUCAUAGAAAGGGAAGCUGCUUAUCUUAAGAAGAUUGAGGAGUUGUCAGUGGCAAAUGAGAGCUUGCUUGAUAAAGAGAUCAAACUGAAGUGCAUCGAUCAAGAAGCUGAGGAGCUCAGAGGAAAGGAGGCUGCUCAUUUGAAGAAGAUUGAGGAGUUGUCAAAGGCGAAUGAGAGAUUGGUUGAUAUGCAGAACGUCAUUCAAGAAAGCGAGGGUCUCAGAGAAAGGGAGGCUGCUUAUCUUAAGAAGAUUGAGGAAUUGUCAAUAGCGAAUGGGAGCUUGGCUGGUAACGUAGCCAAUCUGCAGAAAAUUUCUGAAGAAAGUCAGGAGCUCAGAGAGAGAGAGACUGAAUUAGUUAAGAAGACAGAGGAGUUGUCACUGUUGAAUGAAAGCUUAGUUGAUAAAGAGACCAAAUUGCAGACAGUUGUUCAGGAAAAUGAGGAGUUGAGAGAAAGAGAGUCUGCUUAUCUUAAAAAUAUUGAGGAGUUAUCAAAGUUACAUGAAAUCUUUGCUGAUAAAGAAACCAAACUCCAGAGUUCUAUUCUUGAAAAGGAGGAGCUUAAAGAAAGAGACACUACUUAUCUUAAGAAGAUUGAAGAGUUGUCAAAGGUGCAAGAGGAUCUUCUUAAAAAAGAAAGUGAGUUGCACUGUAUGGUUGUGGAGAUUGAGGAUCUUAGAUCUAAGGAGUCUCUAGCCCAAAUGAAGAUAGAAGAGUUAUCAAAUUUCAAUACAAGUUUGCUCGUUAAAGAGAAUGAGUUACAGGCUAUCGUUUGCGAAAACGAGGAUCUGAAGUCGAAGGAGGUUUCAUCACUAAAGACAAUAGACGAGCUAUCAGAUCUUAAUCAAAGUUUGCUUCAUAAAGAAAAGGAGCUGAAGGCUGCAAUCGUUGAAAAUGAGAAGCUCAAGUCCGAAGCAGCCUUAUCCCUUCAGAGGAUUGAAGAGCUGACAAAUCUUAAACAGAGUUUGCUUGAUAAGCAGAACGAGUUGCAGGGCGUCUUUCAAGAAAACGAGGAGCUUAAAGCCAAGGAGGCUUCGUCUUUGAAAAAGAUUGAUGAGUUGUUACACCUUGAGCAAAGUUGGCUUGAUAAGGAAAGUGAGUUUCAAAGAGUUACUCAAGAAAACGAAGAGCUUAAGACGCGGGAUGCUUUAGCAGCAAGGAAAAUAGAGGAGUUGUCGAAGCUGAAAGAGAGUUUACUUGACAAAAGAACCGAGUUUCAGACUGUAAUCCAAGAUAAUGAUGAGCUGAAAGGCAAAGAAGCUGCCUCUCUUGAGAAAAUGGAGGAAUUAUCAAAGAUGCUAGAGGAAGCCUCUCCCACAAAAGAGAGACCAGUUCUUGAAAACAGUGAGCUUAUCAGCAUCGGUAACGAUUAUGACGUGGUUCAGUUUUCCGAAGUAAGUGCGGAGGAAAACACAAAGAGUGAUCCCUUUCAUAACAGAAGCAGAGACCACAAGGUGCAAGAAAGCCCCCUGGAAGCAACUGAUAAACAUUUGAUGGGUGAUAGAGAAGCAACGCAUAAGGUAGGGCACAGAAUUGAAGGAGAAGAAAAAACAGAGUCUGAAUUCAAGAUGUGGGAGAGCUACAAGAUAGAAAGAAGCGAAGUAUCACCAGAGAGAGAGACCGAGCUCGGCUCCGUCGAAGAGGAGGUUGGGUCGAAAGCAGAAGGCAGUGAGAACUUGGAUCAGUUCAGCAGUGGCUUAUCUUCAACAGACCACACAGAAGGUUCUGGAAGUCUGCUCUUAAAGAAAUACCAUAUGAAAAAAAAGAAACCGUUGCUCAAGAAAUUUGGAAACCUGCUUAAAAAGAAGAGUUCAGGCAGCAGCAGUCAGAAGUAG